AUUUUAGUUACGUGGAAAUUAACCAAUAUAAAGUUUAUUAACUGCAUUCCAAUUAAUUUCGAUGGUUUUGAAUUUCAUUAUGACGCUUUAAAUUUUAAUAAUAAUGUGCCGAAAGAUGAGAUCGAAAAUAUUAUUACCUGCGUAAGCUGGGGGAGUGGUGAUGAUUUAAUAAGGCAUAUUUUAGAACAAUGGGCAGAAAAUACCAAUGAACAAGAGAUAUCUAACAUUACCGCUGCCGUUAUGAAUGUUGCUCAAAAACUUUGUUCAGUAGUAGAGUUUUUAAAGGAUAAAAGAACUCUAAGAGCAAUGCAG